AUGUAUAGUACUGCAGCUCUCAUACUAGUCUUGUGCUGUGGAAUAGGGUAUCUCACAUCUAUCCUUAUCCGUAAAUCAGACCAACUUUUCGUGUUCAUCUCUAGGAAACCGAAGAGACUUUUAUAUAAUUGCGAUUUGAAUUAUGAUAGGUAUCUUGUAGCAUACGGCAGCUCAAGGGUUGGAAGAAAAGUUUUGCGCUGCUUGGCAGAGAAUGGCGCACAAUUGCAUCUUAUUCAUUCUUGGAGAGAAAAAGAGAUUUAUGAAGAAUUGGCAGCCGAAUUGAGGAAUCUAUCCAGACAAUGCUCUGUUGUACUUGAGAGACUCGAUUUGCUGCUGCUCUAUUCAGGAAGACAUUUGCAGAUACUGAGAUUUCGGCAUCAACUAUCUGGCCUCUUGUAUUUCGACACGGAACAAAAUACUUUGAGCUCGGAUGACUAUAGUUUCAUCCUUUUGAUGAUAAAUUUCAAGUUUCUUUUACCCUCCUCUCCAGAAAAACUGAGCUCUCAGGCCGUUAUUGCUUUAGAGUUUGGUGGAAGUUCCUUUGGAGGAAAGGAAGGUUAUGACAGAAUCUUGUCGAGUCUAGAAAAGUUGAGAGAUUAUUGGUCCCUCAACAAUUCUGUGAGCUCCAAUCCUCAAGUGACUAUUGCGAACACAGGGUGCAUCUGGAAUAGCUCUGAAGCCUCGUUUGCAUACAUACUUCAUUGGCUCUGCCACAAAUUGAAUCUACGCACAAUGUGCCAUCAAGAAGAACAGUCAGUUUUGCAUGCGUUGCUAUCAAAAAGAAUAAUCGAGGCUAACAGCAUGUUCUUCGUGAACGAUAGCGAGUGGAACGAAUUGCCCCAGUCUAAAAGGGUCGAGUGCAAGGGAAACACAAUUUUUGAUUGCAAACCCGAAGUGGUUUCUGAAUUUGAAGUGCAGGGGAGCAAGUCAAGAGAGAAAAACCCAGAGAAAAACCAAGAGCUAAACGAAUCUAAUUGGCAGGAGUACGAGGUGCAACAGGCUGCUCCACAAGAGAAUGAAAAAGCAAAUCCUGAACUAGUGGGACCUUUCGCAAUGCCAACCAUGAAAAACUCCAAGAGACUUCUGUCAGCAACCAUACCCACCAAUAGUAGCACAACCGUAGAUACUAGCUUGCGUGAAAAUGGAGAUAAGGAUUCCGGCGAAAACAAACCUGUGCAGUUGCUGACAUUGAUGAGUCAACUCGAGGCUCUUUCUUCCUCAAAUACGAGAAUGGAGAAGCUUCUUCUUGACACCAAAGACUUGUUGGCACAUGAGAAGAAUUCAACGGACAACGCUCGAAGAAAGAAAUCACCUUGGAGAUACUUCAAAUCGAGAAGAUAG